CUUUGGCCUGUCUGGACUGGUCGGAAUCCACUGCCCCAAGUGACCACAGGAGAGUCUGAUAUACAGGACUCCACUGAUCCCAGUCAGGGUGGGAGCGAGACGGACCAUCUGCUCCCAGGGGCCAAACCAACGUCUUCUACACACGCGACUCCAUCACAAGCAGGCCGCGACCUCUACUACGCCAGCAGGAGCGGUGACCUGGAGGAGGUGAGGCGGAUCCUGUCAGCGGGUCACGCAGACGUCAACAGUAGAGGAUGGAGGAGCAGCAGGACACCGGUGAUGGAGGCAGCACUGGGGGGACACAGGGAUGUGGUGGAGCUCCUUGUGAGUCGAGGUGCUGAUGUGUCACUGGUGGACGAUAACGGUAACAACACCCUUGACUGGGCCUGUGUGGGAGGAGACAGGAAGACAGUGGAGUUUGUCCUGUCUCUGGACGGGGUGGACAUCAACAGUAGAGGAGGACGGUGGAACAGGACACCGGUGAUGUGGGCAGCACUGGGGGGACACAGGGAUGUGGUGGAGUUCCUUGUGAGUCGAGGUGCUGAUGUGUCACUGGUGGACGAUAACGGUGACAACAUCCUUCACUGGGCCUGUUGGGGAGGAGACAGGGAGACAGUGAAGUUUGUCCUGUCUCUGGGCGGGGUGGACGUCAACGCCUGGAACAACCGCGGGCAGACAGCGACCGACGUGGCGAGAGGCAGGCGACAUCCUCAACUGUCGGAUCUCCUGGUGUCACGUGGUGGACACUGAAGUCAGUGUGGUGUUGGUGUAGACAGUCAUGGAGUACAUGUCAUUACUGACACUGACGUGGUGUGUGACGUUCACGUCAUCGUGUUUUAUAUUUCAGCAUUAAGGUGAGGAUGUUUGACGUAUGUUAGGAAAAUAAAACUUGUGAAACAUU